UGUGACCCUGCAAGCCGGACCCAUUGUUUUCAGACUUGGGAUUUAAUGCUUUGUUCCAAAGUGGUCACAACUAGCCUCGGGAAAGACGUGCGCGAGCCCUAUCUGGAAGCCAAACACAUGGUCACAAAACCUUUUUAUUCAUGUUGUAUGAGAAUGUUUUCUGUACGCAUGUGUUGUAAAUAAGAUCGUUCUUGAUGAUCCAAAUAUGGAAUCAGUAGAGUCAUUAGCUAAGUAGCUGAAUUUGAAUGGAUGGGCUCGGUGCUCUUCGGGGCGCCUCAUUAUGCACGCGCAUUAAAAGAAAACAGUGGGGGGCAAAUGGGUGGUUAAGGGCAUGGAGUAAAAGAGGGGCAGGGUCUGUGAGCAGGGUCAGGAUUCAAAUUCUAAGUGGUAAGAUGUCCCCAUUGUCAGUGGGGUAUAUAGGAGUCAGAGAAGACUCAUUGGAGGCAGAGUUUGGAGUUGGCACCACACAGAAGCUGACCCGACGAACUGGAUUUAGUAAUCGCAAUGGCCUCUCUGUGCUGCAUUUGGAUUGCUUUAUUUCUUCUAUCAGUAAUGACAAGUGACAGUGGAGUAUUUGGUCGAGCGGUGUACGCGCGGGGAUUUCUGUCACAGUCGCCGAAAUCCGCGGGCGAAUCCUCCGGGCAAACUUUACGCGUGGACGCGUCGAGGCGGUGGAGACGCGGGGUCGCCGGGUCGCACCGGGAGCAGUGCGCGGAGCUGGCGGCGCCUUGGCUGGAAAACACGAAACAAACUCUGGAGGAUAAUCCAACAGUGCUGCAGCUCCGCGUUCGGCCCUUUUCCCCAGGCGUCUCUCGGGGCCUGGUGUUUCCAGGAAAGCAUCUUUUCAGCUUCGUCAGACGGGUUUACCGCUGCUGUCAGGAGGGACUCAACUGCAGGAGCGUAAAGGGAAUACAAGGUCGCUUGAGAGGAGAUACAGAUGUGGAGUUUCUCCUCACUAGGGACAUUUUAUCAUUGACAGUUAUGAGAGCCGAGCUCCACCUCCAAGUCUCCAACCCGCAACAUCUGGACAUCCACCCUGUGCUGUCAUCCUUAGCAAAGCGUGACCUUCCAACAAGGUACAGUUUGUGGUCUCGGGCUGACACGGUGGAGCUGAGGUUGGACCUGCUUUGGCUUUUCCAGAGUCUGCAGGAGGCCGCUGGUGGUGCCAGAGGGGGUCCCAGUUUGGUGAACAUGCGGCAGGUGGUGUUUUCUUCCAGAGAGGAUCGAGCAGGAGAAAAGCCCUCUUUGGGGGCUCUGCAGGACACUGAUGGCGAUAUGUGGGGGGGAGGGGACGCCAACACGCUGCCUCCUCUUGAGCUGGGCUUGGUCCUGGGAUGCAGUCAGGCUGGAUCGGAGGUGUCUUGCAGAACUGGUGGUGUUCACCUCUCACACACACCUUUCAUUACUCUGUACUACAGGUGAAGUCAACCUGAAUCAGGACCGUGUUCUGAAAUGUCUGUCGGCUCACGCAGCUGACUCAGGGAACAAAAUGAUGCACUUCAACAUCAAAUCUAUUAUUUAUGAAUGUUAUUUUUUGUGAAAUAUAUUUACACACAUAUGUAAAUAGUGAAUAUGAAAUACUGUAUCUUUAUGGAGUUGUUCUUUGGUUAUUAAAGCUCACUAUAACAAUG